CGCCGCCCGCCGUUCGUUACAGCUACCUCCUACCACCACUGGCAGCGCCAUCUAAUCUAGUCCGGUCGCGCAUUUCACCCCUACCACACAAACUAUUCACAUUCAGACUCGGGCUCGAGUGCUGUGAUCAAGACUUGUCAUCGCGAAUACAUGCUCACAUGCUGCACAUCAUCAGCACGACACAUGAAUUUGAGCAUUUCACCCGUGCCGCACAUACACCAUGGGUCCGCGACCCGAGCAUUUGAACCUGAGGAAUGGCGAACAGUCACAAGAUGAGGUCUUCGACAAGCCGCGCAUGCCCUUCCUGGGAAGAGACUUGCCGUCUCCGCGAGCAGGAGAAGCGCCGCCGGCCAUGUCCCCGCUGGACUUCAUUGCGAUGCAGGGACGGCUUCUGAAGCAGCAACUGGCAGAGGAGAAGAAGAGGGAACAACAGGCCGGGCGGAGGGUGAGCAGGUUGGACCAUAAGGUGGUGGAGCAAGAGUUCAGGAACCGGCCAGACUUCUUCCGCUCAAUCAGCGAUCAGAGUAGGAUGACCGACCUGGCCGAGGAGGAAGAGGACAUGACGAGCCCACAUUCGCAUCACGGAGGCCAAGUAGCCACGCACAGUCCGGAGAGAGAAAGGCCGAUGAGUUUUUAUCCCACCUUGGACCGAGCGUCGUACAUCACCGACGAUGGAGUGCCAGAGGUGCCAGUGAUGCCCACGCCCUUCUUUGAUGCCCAGGAACGUCCUUCGCAAGACCCGCAUGAUGCGGCUAACAGCGCAGGAGACUACUUUGGAAUCCCACGAGCCCUUUCACCGGAACCUGUAGAGCCGAAUGUCAACGUUCAGGCACCUUCGCCAAAUGUGCCGCCGAGCCUGACGAACAGCAUCGAUACGAUAUCUUCCCAUCCCAGGACCAGGACGAAUGACUCCCAGCGGUCACAACGAUCGUUGCAAUCACAGCGAUCAGAUAGAGAACGAGGCCUGGCACCACCCCAGUCACCACGCUUUCCCAGAGCAUCUAGGAGCUUUCAGAGCAUUCGAUCGGUACCGCCAGACAGCGGUGAUGAAGACUCUGCAUCGGCAAACGGAUCCCAAGAGCAACCUCCAGGGCGGAAGUUUUCUGGCAGUAGUAAUAUGUCGCGCCCGCAAUCGCCCUAUUCACCUUGGAUGCGUCCGGUGCACAGGUCGCCUUCCAUGACAUCCGAAGUGUCCAUCAAUAGUUCGCAACAGCAGCGAGGACCCGGCUUGACCUUCAACAACUUCUCUCGGCCUAUGAGUAGCUCUGGAAGCACACCCUCGUUCGACGCGAUGCGCCCUCGGCCGUCGUUUGAAAGUCGGCCAUCCUGUGACCAAAGACCGGGAAUACCUUAUCGUCAGGCAUCAGAUCGGAGUAAUAGCACCGAGGCUGCGUUCAAACCAGCUAUCUCUCGCGGUAACUCUGGCGAUAGCAUGCCGGCAGCGACCAGAGUUGACAGAAAUUCCAUGCAUAGAGACGAUGUCGCAGAUGUGGCAACGCCCAGUCUACAUGCACAUCCAACAGGAGGGUUCACGGAAGAUGGGCACAUGACACCAGGCGGUACUAGUUCUUCCUCCUACACUUCUGCGAAACCCGCGCUUCCUCGCGGAAGAGCCGUUGACCGUGAGUCAACAGCAUUCCGAGAUUCUUGGAUUCAGAAGCAAUUUGAAUGGGAGACAAAGCACGGGCACGUGCAUCCACAUGAAGGACGAGGGCAUGAACGAAAUCAGUCCGACAGUCCCAUGUUCGACUCCUCCAACUCGCCAGCGCUGUCAGACGGACCGCGAGUAGGUCGAACCCUGGUAAUGCAUCCCAACACCACAAGAAGCCGCUCGGCAGAGCCGCGUGGAAAGGAGAAGCAAGAAGUAGCUAAGACGUCCUUUGAUCGCUCGCCACUCCAUCAGUCCGAGGUAGCAUCAUUGCACUACCAGUCCGAGGUGGCGUCACUUCAUCGGUCAUCACCUUCGGUGAAGACGGAGAGUACGGAUCGCACCAUUAAGCCUCUCCAUCGCAAAGCUCUGUCCGCAGAUAUCACACCCGAAGAACAUCUCGACAUUGGCAUCGAAGCGCAUGACGCCGGAGCCACCAACAAAUCCACAUAUCACCUGCGUUUGGCAGCCAUGGCAGGUCUGCCCACGGCCAUGCUGCUCUAUGCGCUGGCGUGCCGUCAUGGCUGGGGCAUGCGAGCCAACCAGGCCGAAGGGGUCAAGUGGUUGCGGCAGGCGAUUGAUAGUGCCGGCAUGGACGUUGCGAAUGCAGAGGAGAAGUUCAACUCGACGUCGGGCAAUGGCAAGAAGCUCGAUCCUGCCGAGCGGAAGAAGCGCAAGGCGCAAUACGCGCUUGCGAUAUACGAGCUUGGUAUUUCUUCCAUGAACGGCUGGGGUUGCACCAAGGACAAAGCGCUGGCAGUCAGGUGCUACGAAAUUGCGGGCUCGUGGGGAGAUGUCGAUGCGCUUGCCGAGGCGGCAUUCUGUUAUACUCAGGGCGUGGGUGUGAAGAAAGAUGUCAAGAGGGCGGCUGCAUUGUAUAGGAAAGCGGCCGAUAUGGGGAUGAGUAUGGCGGGGAACAGCUGGAUCUACAAGGCGAAGUAUAUGGACGGUGCUAACACUGGCACGACACCUGUCAUCGAAGCUCCCGCAAAACACAAGGUUGAGAAGAAGGACAAAAAGGAAAAGGCCGAAGCACUCCCGAUACCCGAAGACUCGAGAGGCGAACGGCCAGCAGGUGGUGGCAGAAGCAGAUCACGGUCGAUUUGGGGCAAGAGGAAAAGCGAGAAGCCCGAGAAGUAGGCAGGUAAUGCUUCUCGUCUCUCUGUCUCUCUUCCUGCUCAACGGCCCGCUCGCCCAUGCCCUAGGAGCUGGAUGGCGAGCGACAUUCCUUUCAUGUGUGCAAAUUGCCGGUUAAUGUUUAUUCUUUUUUCUACCUUGAUCAUGGUAUGGGGGGCGAGAUGAUCCCAUACGGCAUGGCGCUGUCUCGGCCAAGGAGGUUGAGAUACCAAACAGGACGGCUCACUCGGGGAUUUGAGCCGCGGCGCAGGGAGAGAUGACGAUUGUUCUAGGGCAUCAGCGUCUGUAUUGCCAGUACGGGCAGGGAAGAUGACGCAGGUUUUGUGUGUAGACAUGGAACCAUACUGUCUGUACAGCGCAGGACGUUCUCGAUGAAAGUUCACACCGAUGGUCUUGUUCGCCAGAUGGCGCUUGGGCGGAGGUGCAUGAUAUCGCGCCCGGAUGAUCAUAGCAUGAUCAUCAUGCUAAAGCCGAUUGGCCAUGGCGGCCCUGAUAUGGAUAGCAAGGCUGAGUAGAAGUGAUGCCUUGAUGCCGCAUUACCUAGGUAUCAAUGCAUACCGCGCCUGUUCGGAGAAGCCUGGGGCGAGGUUUGACGAACCAAGGACGAAACGACGAUCCACAGGGACCGGUUGCAGAGAGAGAUGUGGAGAGAGGGAGAGAGAGAGACAAGCUUAAGCUAUUUAUUCUCUUGGAGAGAAAUGCUUAGCUACCUACCUUACCGUACCUUAUCGACGUUAUUGCCCGAAGCCGACAAGAUCACAGGGACAUUGAAAGACACGAUGCUUUUUUGGCUUAUGCAGCAGGUGGAGCACCACCGCCACUCACGCGUUCCCAGACGCGCCUCAAUGACGUGCACCUGCCCCGCCACUCCACCGCCCCGAGCAACUGCCUCAUCAGACUACGACGCUCCUUCCUGCUACCAGGUACCUCCUCCCUUCUACCACCGACCAACAACAGGCUCCUGCACCACUCCACGCUUGCCUGCCCUCCGAUGACCGCUCGGGAGAGGACUGUCAGGAAGCUACCUCCACCUGUACCUUACCUGCUAGAUUUCCGUUUCAUCCAUCCAUCGUCAUCUGGAACAAGGCCUGGCGCGGCUAGGGCGGGCACUCCACUGCAAGCCAGCCAGCCUUUCGUGCCACCUUUGACGUAGCUGCUGGAUGCUGAUGAUGAUACAUCUAUCGCAUUGCACGUGCACAGCCGGUCUGGUCGGUCUGGUCGGUCUGCCAUGUUGCCUUGCCAUGUUGCCUGCUCUGUGAUGGAACCUUUGCCUGCUAGGAGGUACCUCCUAGCAUCAGCGGCCAUACCUAUAUAAUCCUAUCGUCUUCCUGCUUCCCUCAAUCCUGCCUUCCAACUCUUGCACGCAAGUACCUAACUACCUAAUUUCGCACUCUACUACCCAACACCAGCUUAGCCACGCCAUGUCUGCCCUCCAAGAUAGCAGUACGUAAGGACCGCAGACGGAGCAUACGAGACCAACCAGGCUAAUCGCGAACUUGUCAGAUGUGGGCGGUAUUCCCACCACGGAGCCGCGUGGUUCGGAGACCACUGCUCAGCAGAUCCACAAGGAAGGCACUCAAUACGUGAAGGAGGCGACGCAGGCCAACCAACAGAGCAUGCAGCGCGGCUCGAGCGCCGCAGAAGGCACAGGUACGGACUCCUCGCCAUCAGUGACCCAACCCAUUCACCAGCAGCCUGCCGCCAGCAAUCCAGGAGUCGCCCCCUCCGCUGGAGGAGGCAUGGGCGAGGGCGCUGGAGGUGUCAGCGGCACAUCCUACAGGGAGAGUCCUGUGGAGAGUGGGGAGCAGCAGCAGGAGAGCAUCGUCGACACGGUCAAGCACUUUCUUGGCUUUGGCACUGCCGAAGAGAAGAGGACAGAGGACACGCAGCCUACGUGGAACAAAGGCAACGUCACUGCUCCUUCCGAACUCGGCGCCACGACAGCUGCUCCUGCUGUAGCUGGUGCAGCUGCUCCCGGCGUGACCCGUCAUGAUGAGAGAAAUACCGCCGCUUUUACUGCCGACAUUCCGGAUCGGACAAAGACAAAGCCCUCCGCAUCAGGCAACUCCGAACUGAUGUCUGCAGCAGGCUAUUCCAUCAGCACGGGACCAGAUUAUACCGACAGCGGCAGGAGCGAAGCUCUUGGAAGCACCAACACCUCGACCAAUAGCACGACUUCUGCUUACCCUUCCACUUCGACGAACCCUGUGUCCACAGCACAAGACCCAGCUGCAGGAGCCGGCAGUCACAGCACAAAGCCCGAACAACGAUCAGACUCCAGUGCUAACAAGAUGGGAUCCUCAGAGCCUCGUCAGCAAUCGUACGAAGACUCGACCGAGAAGAGCGUGAAGCACGAGAAGAGCGAUGAGGACAAGCACUCCAAGGCGCACAAAGGCGGUAGCAGCAAGGCAGAGAACCCAGACUCCAUUCCAACUGCAGGUGGUGAGAAGCUGGGAGAGAAGCACUGGGGAGAGAGCCAGAUCGUGCCAGAGUUGCCACCCAAGCGCGGCUCUGACGCUGGUCAAGGUGUGAGCAGCAGCGAUGGACAACCAACCUCCGAAGUAGCAGAUAACACAGCAGCCAACACUGGAGGCGCAAAGGGCGGACCCCACGAUAGUACAGGCUCUGAAGCCCAUAAGGAAGGUGCCAUGGAUAAAAUCAAGCACUCGUUGCACAUGGGCAAGAAGUAGGGGUUUGCAGUAUGAUAACUUACGAUACCAUGAAUGUCGCGCAUGUUUGCGGUCUGAAGGAAGAAACAAAUGUCCAAAGGAAUCUUAAUCGAAGAUUGCAUCUUAUAUUCCCAAAUGUUUCAAACCCAAUUGAAC